AUGGCUUCCUGGAUGCAAAGCUCGAGCCUGGCGGUCGCACGGCGACGCAUGUGCCUCCUUCGCACGCAGCUGGUGGUGCUCGUCACCAUGUCAGCAGGUGUACUGUUGGGCCUGGCCACACGGGUCAGCUGUGACCCUGCUCGAACGGAGCUGCUGAGACUCGCGGGACUCGUAAGGGCGGAGUUGUGGGAUGUGGCGCUUCGCUGCCUCGAGGCGGUGGCCAUCAUUGUUCUCACCUUCCUCGUGUCCCACUUCCUCCUCCUGGCCGCCAUCUGGAGCUUCAUCCUUGCCGUGGGCCUGGGCCCCGGCAGUUGA